AUGAGUCAUUCCCUGUCUCCCAAUAUUAGUGGAUCAAUUAUAGGUUGGGUCAAGAAUUUAAAGAAAGGUAAUCUAUUAUCAAACGAUAGCGUCAACGAAGUGACUAGUGAUAACGAUCUAAAUAGUCAAUCAGAAUCAAAAUCACCUUCAAAAUCAAUGCCUAUAACUAUCUUAUUACCUCAAUUAUCGCAACUGCAAUCAUCAGUUCAUACGAAUAAUAAUAAUAAUACUAAUAAUAAUAAUCAUAUAAAUCAAUCAUCAACUUCACCUCCUCAUCAAGAUUUUUUAAGACCUCUCUUACAUCAUAAAUCAAGAUCAACCAAUAAUGUUAAUAGAGUACGUUCAAAUUCUUUAAAUCAUCUGGAAAAAUCUUCAAGUUUAAGACAACAUCGAGAUUCAUUUUUGCAACAAAAUCCUCUUGUUGAUCAAAAUAGUAAAUAUUUUGGUGUACCUUUAGAAAUCGCCAAUACUAUUGCUUCUACAAGUGUUUUAAAUGAUUCUGAAUAUGGUCAAAUUCCUAGAAUUGUGGCUAAAUGUGGGGUUUAUCUUAAAAAAAAUGGUUUAGGUGUUGAAGGUAUAUUUAGAGUUGGAGGUUCAUCAAAAAGAGUUAAAGAAUUACAAUUAAUUUUUAAUACUCCACCUGAUUUUGGUAAAAAUUUAAGUUGGGAUGGUUAUAAUGUUCAUGAUGCUGCUUCAAUCUUUAGAAGAUAUUUAAAUGCUUUACCAGAACCAAUAAUACCUCUUGAUAUGUAUGAAUCAUUUCGAGAUCCUUUAAGAAAACGUCAUAGAAUAAGUAAUUAUUUUAAACAUCUUUCUCAAAAACCAACUUCAUAUACAUCUAUAACAUCAAAGAAUAUUGUUGAAUCUUCUUCAAAUGAAAAUGAUUCUCAACCUUUAACAGAAGCAAAUAUUGGAAGAUUAAAUAAUUCAAGUAAUCCUCAAAUUUUAAAUCCUCCAAAGAUUAUAACUACUGAUACCCAAGGAUCUCUGGAUAAUUCUCCAUCUGGUCUUUCACAACCAAAGUUUGAACAACCUGAACUUCAAUCUCAACCUCAACCCCCAAUAACUCAAAGUGAAGGAAAUAUUGAAUCAAGUACAGAACAUUUAGCUAUAGAUAAAAAAUUAAAACAUACUAAACAAAAAAGAAAAUAUGAAAAAGUUAAAAAUGAUGUACUUUCAGCCAUUGAAGAAUAUAAACAAUUAAUAGAUGAAUUACCUCCUGCUUCAAAACAAUUAUUAUUAUAUAUUCUUGAUCUUUUAUCAAUGGUUAGAUUAGAAGUUGAAGUAAAUUUAAUGUCAUCAAGAAAUUUAGCAGCUAUUUUUCAACCAUCAAUUUUAUCUCAUCCAAGUCAUGAUAUGAAUCCUGAAGAAUAUGCUUUAUCUCAAACUGUGGUUGAAUUUUUAAUUCAAUAUUUUCAUUAUUUUUUAGCUGAUUCAUCAUUUAGUUUAGAAACUGGAGUUCAAGAUUAUAUUAAUAAUAAUCAUAAUGAAAAUAUUACAACUGAAACAAAAAAAGAAAAUGGAACUAGUCCUGAAAAUGAACAAGAUUUAUUAGAAGUACCAAAUUCACAAUCACAACAAAAAGUGAAGAAAAGACAUCAUAGUAAAUCAUUAUCUUCAACUCCAUUUGAAGUUGAUUUAGUUGGGUAUCAAAAUAAACUGUCAAAAGAACCUAUUGUAAUUUCUAAAAAAGAGUUUGAAAUAUCUGAUGAUGAUAAUGAAAUUGAUACCACUGGUGGUGAAGAUAAUGAUCAACAUUGA